AUGGAACAGGACGAUAUAUUGACGCUCCUAGUAUGGAGCUCGACGCCAUCCGCGACGGCGACGUCCCCUCUCCCAUCCCCCGGUCUCCUCAGACGAGGACGAUUUUAUUCUUGUUGGCAACAAGCGUGCCAAGAAGAAGGGCUCCAGCCAGCCAAAACAAAGCGUGCCCAUGACGGCACCGCUAAAACCGCCCCCGGUUUAGCCCCGCCCCCGUCAUCAUCCAGGACAAAAAGGCGCCUCGCAAGCGUACCUACCCCGGACAAUGCCACCGUUGUCAGAACUACGGGCACUCUGCCCGUAAUUCGCUCGCCCACGGUGCGUCAAGUGCCUAGGCGAUUUGCGGCCAUAGGCCCAACACCCCCACGCCCCCAGUUGUGCCUCACAGAGGGUCAACCGUGCCUUACCGCGGUUGCUCGCGCGCCCCGCGUCCCGCCAAAAAGAAGGCCACCCACACCCAACCGUGCUCCGGCACGUGCCCCCGCCAAGGCUCAAACACAACCCGAGCCACUCUUACCCGCUCCUCUGCGUCCUAACAAUGCCUGGAUUAAACCCCAGGCGAUUGUAAGCGUAGCACCCAACCCGCCCGCCCAGAAAGCCCCGCCCGCCCAGUCGGCCCCGCCCGCCCAAUCGGCCCCGCCCAUGCCCAUACACAAACCCGUCCCCAAAACACUGCCCGCGGCCCCCAGUUGGGCCAACGGCAGCUCCCUCGCGCAGGACUUCGCAUUGGUCGCUCGCCAGCACCAUCGACCCUAA